AUGCUUAUUCCGUCCAAAGCGCUCCAGAUUUCUUCCCAAUCGCUGCAGAUUUGUUGCGGCAGUAAUUGUGAGUUUUUUGGGUAUGAAAAUUUUAGGAACUUGACUGUCAAAAGCCAGAAAUCAAUUGUCGACCAAACAGGGAUUGGGUCUUCUGACAUUGGGUUGCUGGAGUGCAGUUCCUCACGUAUAGGGGAUGGACGGGUCAAUCAUAGGCAGAUGUCGUUUUGGUUGUUUAAAGAAUUGCAAGUUGAUGAACACUCAUCUUGUCUUCUGGAGACUGACAUGGAUGUUCGUGUGUUGCAUCUUUCUUUAUGUAACGAAAAUAUAAAUGCAGUGGAUAUAAAUGUCAUACGUGGGGGAGGUAAAGUAUUUGGCAAUGGUGAACAAGACAAGAUGGAUUCAUCCGAUAGUGAAGGUAAUACGUCAACUGAUGAAAAUGAGUAUUUGGGAAAGUAUGCCGCAAAGGAAGGUAGACUUUAUUUGUCCCAUGAGUGGAAAACAUAUAUUAGGGAGGCAGGGAAAAAGUAUGAAUGUGGGGUUACUGAGUUUAGGAUCAAAUUGUGCAAAUAUGCUUUUGAGAAGGGGUUUAGGUUCAUUUAUGUUAAAAAUGAUUUGAAGCGUGUGACAGCGAAGUGUUUGAAUAAGCAAAGUGAAAAUUGUCCUUGGCGCGUUCAUGCCACUGUAAAUCUGUUGAACAUAUUCGAACAAAACCUCAACUUAAACCAGUGGACAUCGUCACAGAUUUCAAGCAAAAUUAUGGCUUGA